AAAAGAAAGAAGAAGAAAAUCCAGAUCCUAGCGACUAACCCUCCCUCGUAACAUCGGAGCCCUUGGACCUGUUCUGAGUUCCUCUAGUUCUUUCGUUUUCCGGCAAACCUACAAAAUCACCGUCAGGCGCUCAAGGACGACGAUCACACGGCGACAUGGGGGAGGAGAAGAGGCACCAGAUGAUGCAGAAUCUCUUCGGAGAUCAAUCCGAGGAGGAAGAAGAGAUUGACUCCGAGCACGAGUCCAAUCCGCAACCCAAUUAUGCCUCUGAUGAAGGAGAAGGAGGGGUGGAGCCUGAAGGUGAAGGUGAAGUGGAGGGACAUGGGGAGGUGGAAAUUGAGAGUGAAGGUGAGUUGCAGGAUGUUGAUCCGGAUCCUGGAGAAAGUGAGGGUGAAAGGGAUCAAAGUUCUCAAGAAGUAGACGUGGGUCACCAUAGAGAAGAAGAAAGUGAAGGGAAAGAGGUGGAUAGCGAUGAUAGGGAAGAAUACGAUCAAAGAGUGGUAACAAGCAGGAGGCAUGAUUUAGUUGAAAGUGAAUCCGAGAGGUCCGAAGAAAAUCAUUAUAUUGACAAUGAAGACGAAGAGGUGGAUCAAACUAGGAGUCCAAGGGAGGAGAGGGAUCACAGUUCACAUCCAGUUGCUGAAAUUCGUGAUGUAUUUGGUGAUUCUGAUGAGGAAGAGGAAGCAGAAUAUGCAGUUGAAAAUGAUAUUAAGCAAGAUUCAGCUAGGUCACCUAUGGAAGAGGAGGGGAGCUUUGAGAAGAGUCCAAGACCAGAUGAUAUAAUUCCCGACGAAGGUGCUCGGUAUGAGUCAGAUGCUCGUUAUGAAUCAGAAGAGGAAAAUUUCGAGGUAAAACAUAAAGAGAAGCCAGUUGGGCCUCCAUUGGAGCUAGAGAUUCCAUUACGUCCUCCUCCUGCUCGCCCAGAAAAGAUGAACAUGAUAAAAGUUUCCAAUAUUAUGGGCAUUGAUCCAAAACCAUUUGAUCCCAAGACAUAUGUGGAAGAGGAUAUAUUUGUGACAGAUGAAUCUGGAGCUAACAAACGCAUACGCUUGGAAAAUAACAUUGUCCGCUGGAGGACUGUUAGGAAACCUGAUGGCACAACAAAGUAUGAAAGCAAUGCACGGUUUGUGAGGUGGUCAGAUGGCAGUUUGCAACUGUUAAUUGGGAAUGAAGUGCUUGACAUAAAUGUGCAAGAUGCAAAGCAUGAUCAAGCACACUUGUUUCUCCGGCAUGGGAAGGGAAUUUUGCAAUCACAAGGCAGGCUUAUGAGGAAGAUGAGGUUCAUUCCAUCAUCCCUGACAUCAAAUUCUCACCGCUUAUUAACUGCUUUGGUCGACUCACGACAUAAGAAGGUGUAUAAGGUUAAGAAUUGCAUAACGGACAUUGAUCCUGAAAGGGAAAAGGAGGAAAAAGAAAGGGCUGAAAGUCAAACAAUCCGGGCAAAUGUGCUUCUUAAUCGGAAAAAGGAAAAGGUUAACAAGAAAUAUGCUCCUGUAAUUGAUAGAAGGCGCCAACUAUCACCUGGGUUCUUGGAAGAUGCCCUUGAGGAGGAAGAUGAAACAGAUUAUAUUGAUGCACGUCGCUCCCGUCGCCGCUUUGAGGAAGAUUUGGAAGCGGAAGCUCGAGCAGAAAAACGGAUUAUGAAUGCGAAGAAGGGAACUAGAGACAUCCCCCGGAAGCCAUCCUUUCCCGCUUCUAAAUCAUCUGGGCGUCCUGUGGAUUUCUCAGACAGUGACCGGGAAGAGUCAGAGUACGAAAGUGAAGGAGAAGAUGAUGCUCCUGGAAGAGUUGAAGAACCAGAGCAGGAGUAUGAGGAAGAGGGGGAAGAAGAUGAUGAACGUGGUGAAGAGGCAGAAGUUAAUGAAGUUUCAGAUAUGGAUGAAGAGGCUGAGGAGCCCAAACACAAGGUUAGAGAUUAUGGGGGCAGUCACAAGCGCAAGGGGAUUGAGUCUGAUGAGGAGUCUCCUCCAAGAAAGGUUGCAACCCAUCGUAGGAUGGCAGUUGUUUAUGACAGCGAUGAGGAGUGAAAACUUGCUUCAUAUGAGAUAAAUAAAAAAUAGGUGAGAAGAAGCGAAAUAAGAAACUGAAAGGUGUAUUUCAUUUUCCUUUCUAAUUGGCGGCAACAGUGGCAUGGUUGAAUCAUAUAAAGCAAUGUAGCAUUCUACUCAGAGCGAGACGAACUGCAGAACAAGUGGGAACUAAAGAAUUCACCAACGUAACUGAAGCAGAUCCAAAAGGUUAUGGUAUGGGGCUCUAGUUUAUUCAUUAAUCCCACAUCUGUAAAUUGGUUACAUGCCAUGAAAAGUGGCGUUCUCUUGGAAUAAUUUUCUUAAUGCCAAAGGACCCAUUACUAAUUUCUGUUUACAAUGAAAAAGCAUUGAUUUGCAUAUUAUCAUGGGCCAUAUUUUCCCCUGUUCUUCGAAUUCUAUUAUCCCUUUAUAUUAUAUAUAGCACAGUGGCUUAAUGAAA